UGUUGGGUCCUUCUGCAAAGCUGAAAACAAUAAACCGUGAAAACCUUUAUACUCUUGCCCGUGCCUGUUGGUGUGAUAUUUUUAUGCUUUAAUUCUCUCGAACCUCAAAACUUCCACAACAGGCUGGCGUUGUCGGCAGGAUUCCGCGUUUGAGAGUCGACUUCGGGGAUUCCCGGGGAGGCUUGCAGCGCUCGAGCCUUGAAGGCUGUUAACUUCACCUCGACCGCAAAAUUGGCUAUGAGCGUGAGAGGACUCGGGAGUUCACCGUGAGCUGCCUCAACGCUGGAAUCAAAAGUACUUGGAUGUGUGGAAGUGUCUUAAGUCUUUUUCAGAUGAUCCUGACCUGGAUGGACCGCCUCCUCGACCACGUCUGGCAGCGGCUGCGUCAUGUCGACAGGUGUGCGCAGAUCCGGAGCCAGCUCGUGUGGAGCCAAAGGAGAGUCCACUGCCUCCACCGAAGGCAGUUAAGGCUGACCCACCCUCUCCACCGAUCGCGGAUCGUACACGCCAGAAAGACAAGCAAAAGGAGACUACGGAUCUUGAACCUGUCAGAGAAGAGGCUUCGAUUCCAGAGGUCAACGAGAAACUUCAGAGUGUGAUUACAAUGCCCAUGGUGGAAGUAGCGGGGCCGGAUGGAGACCCUAUGUUAGUACACCGUCCGUGGACACUAAAGGACAUUGAGCAUGCUCAUGAGCACCUCCCUGACCCGAGAGAAGUGGGGGGGGAAAGGUUUGGUGUGGAGUUGGAACGUUUCUGCAAAGAAUUUCGUCCCACCUCUCUUGAACUGAGGCGCCUGCUGGGAAGAAAACUAGCAUCUGACAUAACGCAGAUUAAGUAUGAAUGGCCGGAUGAAAAUCUGUGCAUGAGACAUCCAGAUCAUGAGAGCGGGAGGAAUGCGACGUACUAUAACUUCGUAACGGAAUUACGUGAAGCGUGUUGUGAGGCUUUUCCAGUGAAGGGUGAUAUGACAAAGAUUGCGCUGUGCAAACAACAGGACAGCGAGACAGUUGCGCAAUAUCUUCAUCGCCUCACGGAAGUACACAACGCGCACAGCGGCCUUACUGCCCCCGAGAAUAUGAGUGAGGGGGUAGUGACCGCAUACGAGGCGCAUUUGAGAAACAGUUUCAUGAAUGGACUGAUUCCGGAAAUAUCUGACAAGGUGAAAAACCUAUGCAUCACGUGGGACACUGGAAAGCUGAGCCUUAUCGAACAACAUGCUCUGCAUGCGGAAAAGCUGCUCACGCAAGCCAAGCAAGAUCAGGGAAAAAAGAGAGAAGAACAAACACACAAAGUUCAGCUGACGAUGAUGCAAGCCAUGACGAGAUCUCAUACACGAUGGAGAGGGACAUCCACAUAUCGAGGAAGAGGGCGAUAUCGAGGAAGGGGGAGAGGAAGAGGAAGAGCCAGAGGGUGAAAAGAAAAAGGGGGAGAGAGUGGAUGUUUUGUUUGCGGAGGACAAGAUCACUGGGCAAGGGAAUGCCCUAAGAAACAUGAUGAGGAAACUGCAUGACCAUCAACAUCUCAGGUCGAGGAGGUCAGUCCUGAAGGGAUGGGUGAGUCAAAAUCUUUGAUGCUAUGCAAUGAGGAAAUGCUUCAGCUAACUUCUGAUUCCGACUUAAAUUUUAAGGUUUUGAAUGCUAUUGAUUUUCUUGAAAAGAAAUAUACUCCACAAGGCACAUAUGCAAAAUACAGUUUAGAUGCCUACAAGCACAUGCCAGUGCACACAUUGAAUGUAGAAGGGAAAGACAUUUUGUUUUUAGUAGAUUCUGGUGCAGGAAACUCUGUGAUCAAAUUACAUGAGUUGAGUGAGAUGCCAGAAAUGAGUGGUAGAUCCCUGAAUUCAGUUGGAGCGUCUGGGAUUAUCGUGAAAGAAAAAUUUACAGCACCCUUAAGGUGUGUUGAGAAUAACCAACAGUCAUUCACAUUUUCUUUUCUGCUUUCUGAAUGCUGCCCGAUUAAUUUGAUGGGCAGGGAUUUGAUCUGCAAAUUGGGAAUAAAACUAAUUAGCACCCCAAACGGAUUAAAAGUGUGUAGAAGUCAAAUAGGUGAAUUUCAGGGCGUUAAGUGGGACCCCAGACCUCUGUUGUAUGUGUAUGAGUGGGAACUCAGCACCUCUUCUGUGAAUUCAGUGAAUCAAGCACUCUUGGAUAAGGCCUAUGAUGUUACUAACCCUACACGCACACAAUACAUGAACACACAUGAUCUGCACUGCACAGCACACACAC